AACUCGCUAGCAGCAGCUCGUGUUGUUGUUAUUAAAACUUUUGUUAAAACAGGAAAAAAUAUAUAUAUAAAAAAUAAAAAUGAACAAAUUGAUUAAAACGCAAGAAUUUGACUCGUAUGAAAUCGAGGAGCCGAGUGAUGAAGAGAGAGCUUCCAGCAGUUCGGAGGACGAGCUGGACGUGCUGCUGAACGGGACUCCGGAGCAGAAGAAGAAGCUGAUCAGAGAGUAUCUGACGGGGGAGAGCGAGUCGUCCAGCGGCGAUGAGUUUGAGAAGGAAAUGGAGGCUGAGCUCAGCUCCACCAUCAAGACCAUGGAGGGAACCUGGGGACCGUCCCAAGCAGCAGUAAACCAGGGUGAAGGAGGAGGAGGAGGAGGUCCUGAACAUCCAAACCCUUUAAUGUACGAUAAAAUCUACUUUGACUCUGACUCGGACGAGGACGACACACCCAGCGGCUCCAGCAACAGACGACGCAGACGGCGGAUCAUACCGACUAACGAUGAGCUGCUGUACGACCCCGACAAGGACGACAGGGACCAGGCCUGGGUGGACGCCAAGAGAAGACAGUAUAGCAACAGGAAACGACCAGCGGGGGCGUUUCGGUCGCAACGCAAUCAGCAGUCGAGUUUACCGAGCAGCGACGCCAUCCUGAACUGUCCCGCAUGCAUGACCACGCUCUGCCUGGACUGUCAGAGACACGAGAAGUACCGGACGCAGUACCGAGCCAUGUUCGUCAUGAACUGCACCGUGAAGCAGGACGAGGUGCUGCGCUACAAAACCGAGGAGAAGAAGAAGCCAAAGAACAGGAAGAGGAGGAGGAGGGCGGAGGAGGAGGAGAAGGAGGAAGGGCAGAAGGAGGCGCAGACAGCCACUUCUUUGGAGCCGGCGCCGGCGGGGAUGGACGCGGGCGAGGUUUACCACCCGGUGCAGUGCUCAGAGUGCUCCACAGAGGUCGCUGUGUUCGACAAAGACGAGGUGUACCACUUCUUCAACAUCCUGGCGAGCCACUGCUGACACUGAUGAGACCGGGUCAGAGGCCGAGACGCUUUUUCAGCUGCAGAAGAAGAACGGGACUGUUUCUGAGCAUCUCUGCUGAUGAUGAUGAUGAUGAUGAGGAGGAGGAGGAAGAGGAGGAAUCACAGAAUCCCAGAGAGCUGCCUGGGUCGACUACGUGUAAAUUUGUAUUAAAAUAUCUGAAAAAGACUUGAGUUUGACACCAAUUCUAUGCUUUUGUGGUCAUAAUGAAUAAUAGUGGACCAUUACUGGACUUUUUUUAGGUUAUUGAUAUUUCAGGGUUACAGGAUCCUUUAAGUCUUUUUUUUUUAUUUGAAUUGUGAUCCAUGUAUGUACUGAACGAGACAUUUUACAGUUAUUAAAAUAAA